AAUAAAUAAAACAAAAAGGGGGAAGAAAUUAGAAAGAAGAGUGUGGGCAAGUAAGAGUGAGGAAAAAUCCACCGAUUUAAUAAACAAAAAAAAACCCUAUUUCCUCUCUCUUGUAAUUUUGCUCACAAUCUCUAAUAAUUGGAUCGAAUCCGAUAUCCAGGGCUUUAUCCGGGCUUCUCAAUAUGAAUAAGCUGGGCAGAGGUCAGCGUGACAAAUUGCAGCAGUUCAUGUCGAUUACUGGCGCAAGUGAAAAAGUAGCUGUCCAGGCUUUGAAAUCCAGCGAUUGGCAAUUCGAAGGAGCAUUCGACUUAUUUUACACCAAUUCUAAUGUCAAGUCGGUUGCUGACACAAGGCACCUAGAGGAGCUUUACAAUAGAUACAAAGAUCCCUAUGCUGAUAUGAUUUUGGCUGAUGGAAUAUCUGUCAUGUGUAAUGACCUUCAGGUUGAUCCUCAAGAUAUUGUAACAUUGGUGAUCUCGUGGCAUAUGAAGGCUGCUACAAUGUGUGAAUUCUCAAAGCCGGAGUUUAUUGGUGGAUUACAAUCUCUUGGGAUCGAUUCGCUGGAGAAGUUCAGAGAAAGAAUACCAUUUAUGCGUGCUGAAAUGAAAGACGAGCAAAAGUUCCGAGAUAUCUAUAACUUUGCAUUUGGCUGGGCAAAAGAGAAGGGUCAGAAGUCUUUGGCAUUGGAUACUGCAAUUGGAAUGUGGCAGUUGCUAUUUGCAGAAAGGCAAUGGCCGUUAGUCGAUCACUGGUGCCAGUUCUUGCAGGCAAGGCACAACAAAGCAAUUUCUCGUGAUACGUGGGCCCAGCUACUCGAAUUUGCAAGGACAGUGGAUCCUGCAUUAUCGAAUUACGAUCCAGACGGGGCAUGGCCAUAUCUGAUAGAUGAAUUUGUGGACUAUUUGGCUGAAAACGGCGUAUUUCAAAAGGGCAAGUUAGCCGAUUGGAGCUACCAACAUUGAUCGAUUCGAUUGCCCUGUUUGUAUCAAUUUCCCUUCUGUUUUAUUUUUUAUUCCCCUUUUCGAUUGAUGAUGUAAAAUUAAAAAAAAAAAACCGAAAAACUCUAGUACUAUAUUACAAUUGUGUGAAAUAUUGGGGGGCAUGUUAUGAAACAUUCUGGUAUAAUUAAAUAUUUAAUUGCUCAUCAUUUUCUGAAU